UUUUUAAUUUGUCUCAGUGCGAUCGAGCUGCUCGUAGGUACGGCCUCAGAGAAGCAUCAGAGACUGAAGACUGGACACUGUUUUGGACUGACUGCUCCGUGUCUCUAGACCGUGUUAAGGACAUGAAGCGUUACCAGAAAAUCAACCAUUUCCCAGGGAUGAGUGAGAUCUGCCGCAAAGAUUUACUGGCAAGAAACAUGAACCGAAUGCUAAAGCUUUUCCCCAAAGACUACAAUAUCUUCCCUAGAACGUGGUGCCUUCCUGCAGAUUACAGUGACUUCCAAGCUUACACCAGGGCCAAAAAAAACAAGACAUAUAUCUGUAAGCCAGACACUGGUUGCCAAGGCAAAGGCAUCUUCAUCACCAAAUCCAGUAAAGACAUUCCACCUGGAGAGCACAUGAUCUGCCAGGUUUACAUCUCCAGGCCUUUAAUAAUUGACGGGUACAAGUUUGACCUGCGAAUUUACGUGCUGGUGACGUCAUGUGACCCGUUCAGCAUAUUCAUGUUCAACGAGGGACUGGCUCGCUUCUGCACCACACAGUACAACGAACCAACGCACGGCAACGUGGAUGACGUGUGCAUGCAUCUCACCAACUACUCCAUCAACAAGCACAGUGAGAACUUUGUCCGUGACGAAGACACUGGCAGCAAACGAAAGCUGUCCACCCUGAACAAGCACCUGGAGUCCAUCAGCUGCAACACAGAGAAGCUGUGGAACGACAUCGAGGAUGUGAUCAUCAAGACUCUGAUCUCUGCUCACCCCAUCCUCAAGCACAAUUACCACACCUGCUUCCCCAACCACACCACUGGCAGCGCCUGCUUUGAGAUCCUGGGCUUCGACGUGCUGCUGGAUCACCGCCUCAGACCCUGGGUCCUGGAGGUGAACCAUUCCCCGAGUUUUACCACUGACUCACCGCUGGAUCGCGAGGUAAAGGAUGCCUUGCUGUACGACACCCUGGUUCUCAUCAACUUGGGCGCCUGCGACCGCCGCAAGAUCACGAAAGAGGAGAGACGCAGGGUGAAGGACAGGCUGCAGCAAAACCGCUCCAGAGAGGCCAGGUCGGAGGAGCUGCGUCAAUGCCAGGCAGCCACGGUGGAACAGAUGGAGAGGUACGAGGCCAAACACCUGGGAGGCUUUAAGAGGAUCUAUCCCAGAGAGGGAGGGGAGAAAUACGACAAGUACUUCAAACACAGCAGCUCGCUCUUCCAGGAGACUGCAGCGUCCAAGGCCAGAGAGGAGUGUGCCAGGCAACAACUGCAGGAGCUGCGUCUGAAGCAGGAGCAGAGAGACCAGAAAGGUGUUCGGAAGAGAGACUUGCAGGGGGAGACAGCGGGGGAGAGAGUCAAACCACGACGAGCAUCGACACAACCCCCCACCUCCAACUCUGACCCACUGCUGCCCCCUUUGUCCAGCGUGUCGGUGGAUCCUGAAGCUGCAGACGUCCAACAAGAAGAGAAGCAGCAGGAGGAGGUGGAGGUGGAGGAGGAGGAGGAGGGGGUGGCAGCAGCAGACAUGGAGGAGCAGGAGCGGGUUGACGCGCUGCUCCAGAGGAAGAAGCUGCUGCAGGACUUGGGGGUGGUGGAUCAGAUCCACCAGCUGCUGCAGGGCCGGAUAGAGGGAGGGGGAGUCCUGCAGGACGCCAAGGACACCUACACCCACCAGCAAAGUAAACAGACUCAGCAGAGACAACAGCAGAUAAAGUUGGACUCUCUGAUGCAGUUUUCCCACAGGAUGAAGCAGCAGCAGCAGCAGCAGCAGCCCUGCACUCAGACCUCACAGCAGCACGUCCACUCCCACAUGACUCAGCAGCGUUUGCUCAGGCCCACGCUGGACCAGAGGAGCCUGAACGAGUCCGGCUGCCUGCAGUACGAGCCCGAGAGCCACAACAGAAUGGGAGAAAUACGAAGGACCAUCAGCGCUCAGCGGAUUCACUGGCCAGCCAGCAGCUCCCUCACUGUGAGGCAGGACAGCAGGAGCAGCUCCUACACCGACGCCCGGUCCCGUCCCAGCAUCCCCAUCAUAAACCAUGUCCCUAAAGGAGGCCUGCGCUGCGCCUACAUGUCCCAUGACCCCGCCGCCCUGCAGAGCCUGCUCGUCAUCUCCACUCGAGCCCCGCUGGUCAGGAGGCCUGGCUUCUCUCACAUCGUCAGAAACUCCUCCCGCAGGGCCCCCCAGCACAGUAAAGGGCAGUGAGGAGCAGGGACCCCCUGACUCCUGAACCCCCCCCGUAUCCCCCUCUCCUAACCAGGAGAGUCCAGACCUGCUGCAGGCCAACGCUCUCACGCCGACUCUGCUCCAGAUUUAAAUAUAAUUUAGAGAAAUAGGACCUGAGGAGAGCUGGAGGUAGAGAGGCAUUAAACUGUGAUAAUGCAGGAAUACACUGUGCCUAUGAUACAUGAUUUUAUAUCUGGACACCUGCAGUUUAUGCUGCUCGCCACUGUACAGUCUAACCUGCAGCACUGCAGAAACAACAUAAUGACUUUUUAACAUUUUCUACCCACUGUGUGUGCAAAGAUAUGUGUAAUAUUUUGCUCUGAGGACAAAUCAUCCCAAACAAACCUCACCUUUAGUGCCAAAAUAAAAGCAGACAGGCCUCAUUUAACAUGUGAGUGAUCCCAAUCUGCUCAUCCUCCUCUGAAAAUACAACAGAAUCUCCUGAACUCAUUCAUUACUGGGUGUUUAUAUGAUUCAGUGAAAUCAAAUUAGAUUCAGAUUCAUGACUAUUAAAGUAUUAUUGAAGAUUUAAUUUGAAAAUAACAUUAACUGAGGGUUGUCGUUAAAUAAAAGCCUGAUGCUUCUUA